GCACAUCACACUCUUCACAAAUCUCAUCGUCGACCAGCUUCCUCUUGUUCCCUGCUAGACACAUCCAUCAUUCAGCUCGCCAUCAAGCCAUUCGCCCAAGCCGAGAAGUCUUGUUACCUCGCUACAUUCCACACUCCCCCAUCGCGAAAUCUCCAGUAAGAUGAGCGAAGCACCCCACGCCGCGAGCGCUAGUGUCCUGCCUGCGGGCAUCACGGACCCGAAUUUCGCCCCACCACCGGGCACCCUGGGAAACUUGAACGUCAUCCAACAACACUCCCUGGACAAAUUCAAGAAGGAGCUAAAGGAAGAGGGGUAUUUUGAGGAAGGCCCGAUACGGUUCACCGAUGCUGGUCUGCUCAAAUUCCUCCGCGCACGCAAAUUUGACGUGCCCAAAGCCAAGGAGAUGUUUAUCGCGUGCGAGAAAUGGCGGAAGGAGUUUGGCGUCGACGAGAUCGUCCAGAACUUCGACUACCCCGAGCUGCCGAUUGUGGACAAGUACUACCCUCAGUACUACCACAAGAACGACAAGGACGGGCGCCCGAUCUACAUCGAGCGGCUCGGCCUGCUCGACCUCAAGGCGCUGUACGCCGCGACGACGCCCGAGCGGCAGAUCAAGCGCCUGGUGCUCGAGUACGAGAAGUUCAUUAACGAGCGGCUGCCCGCGUGCUCCGCCGCCGCCGGCCACCCCGUCGAGACAUCGUGCACGAUUCUCGACCUGCAGGGCGUCUCGAUGUCCAACUUCUACCGCGUGAAGGACUACGUGUCCAAGGCGACCGACAUCGGGCAGAACCGCUACCCGGAAAGCAUGGGCAAGUUCUACAUCAUCAACGCCCCCUGGGCGUUCUCCGCCGUCUGGAGCAUCAUCAAGCCCUGGCUCGAUGAAGUCACCGUGAAGAAGAUCGAUAUCAUCGGCAGCUCGUACAAAGACAAGCUCCUGGCCCAGAUUCCGGCGGAGAACCUGCCCAAGCAGUUCGGUGGGAAGUGUGACUGCCCCGGCGGAUGCUCGCUCAGCGAUGCUGGGCCAUGGAAUAACAAGGAGGUCAUCGAGGCCGUCGAGAGCGGACAAGUCCUGUCUGCCUGAAGUGGUUUAUGGUACUGAAAGGAUAUCCACCUCAUUCUCGGAGCAUUCGUUUAAUUUAUAUCCACAUCUUUACAUCGUGGGCGGAUUCAUCCAUGGGACGUGCUUUGAGUGGUUCUCGUUUCUUUUUUGCCUUCCCCCAGUCGGAAUUAUUGCACGUGCCACUCUGCGCUCUGACAUAUUAUUAUCCACUCCAAUGCUGGAAUGUACAUGAUUGGUCUGAACAGACCAUAUCAUUUGGGCUCAAAGCUGAUCGGUAAAUGCCGAGUUAUCAUCCGCGAAUGCAUCGGUCUGAGACGCUGAGCUUCGCAUUAUCCUGACAUUAUCUGGAAGACUUGAGGCAGAUGAUGUCCUAUUGCGACCUGAGACUGGCCGUUGGAGAACGCUAUGCGUGC